AUGCCCGAAUCAAUAACAGUGGAAUCUAUUGAUAAGACUUACGUUGGUACUGUAAAAUCGCGAAUAGAAACAGAAAUUUCAUCAAUACAUUAUCCACACACAACCGUUAAAAUCUCAGCUCUAGUUUUACCUAGGCUAACGGGAUAUGUCCCUACCUUUGAGACAUUAGAUCCACAUUGGACACAUCUACAUGGACUUCAUUUUGCUGAUCCGUUCCCUUUUGACAAAGAUGACGUUCAGUUAAUAAUAGGAGCAGACUAUUACGGUUUAUUACUACUGGGGGAAGUGAAAAAAGGUCCAGUAGGUAGUCCAGUAGCACAGUCUACUCUAUUAGGAUGGAUCCUCUCAGGCACAGUGAAUCAAUCAAAUUUGAAUUAUAAUUCAAUUGUCUUAUCGCAACAUUGUACAAAGUUAUCUGAUUUACAAGAAGAGCUUGUUCGAUUUUGGCAAUUGGAAGAAUUCAUAGAUAAGAAAUUCUUGACCGAAGAAGAAAAAAUGUGUGAAAAAUUCUUCCGCGAUACACAUACCCGUAAUUCAGAAGGUCGUUACAUAGUUCGAUUACCUUUUAAAAAAAAUGCCUUAUCUCUAUUAGGUAACUCUUUUAACUCUGCAAUUUCUAUGUUAUUGAAAACAGAACGCAAUCUUAAGAGAAAUCCUGAUUUAGAGCGAGAAUUUUAUAACUUCCUUAAAGAAUAUGAAGAGUUAGAUCACAUGAGACCGAUUGCAGUAGAUCCAUCCUCACUAAAUAAACAUCCUUGUCCUGUAUACAUACCUUAUCAUCCUAUUAUAAAGGAAAACAGCUCUACUACUCGAGUACGAUUAGUUUUUAAUGCGUCAAGUCCAACGUCUUCCGGUGCUUCGUUAAAUGAACAAUUAAUGGUCGGUCCCAAGUUACAUAAUGACAUAACUUCUAUGAUAAUUCGUUGGCGAAGCUUUAAAUUUGCUUUAACUGGCGAUAUUUGUAAAAUGUUCAGACAGAUUCUAGUUGACGAAAGGGAUGUUGAUUAUCAGCGAAUUGUUUGUCGAACUGAACCUGACGGAACUCUACAACAUUGCCAGUUAUUAACGGUAACUUAUGGGACGGCUUGUGCGCCGUAUCUUGCUAAUAGGGUAUUAAAACAGUUAGCUGAAGACGAGGGCAAGAAUUACCCAGAUGCGAGUUUAAUCUUAAAAGAAAACAUUUAUGUAGAUGAUGCCCUUUUUGGUGCAGAUACCAUUGAAGAAACAUUAAAAGUUAAAGAUGACCUAAUAGAAUUAUUAAAAAAGGGAGGUUUUCCAUUGCGUAAAUUUAAUGCUAAUAACCUAGCUUUAUUAAAAUCAAAUCAAAUAUAUGGUGAUUCAGACAAUGUUAGUUUAGUUGACCGUGAUACUUCUGAUAAAGCUAUUCUUGGACUUCAUUGGCACCCCGAGUGUGAUGAAUUUCUUUUAUCGGUAAAAAUUGAAAAGUGCGACAAGUGGUCUAAACGUAAAAUUCUAUCGGUUAUUUCGCGACAGUUCGAUCCACUUGGAUGGAUUGCUCCAAUUAUUAUUGUGACUAAGAUUUUAAUGCAAGACAUUUGGUUAAAGAAAAUUGAUUGGGAUGACGUGUUACCACCCGAUAUAUUAAAUCAAUGGCAGAAUUAUUGCUUGAAUCUUGAAGGUGCGAAAAGGAUAGCAAUUCCCCGAUGGACUGGUCAAAAUAAGAAAAGUAGAUAUGAAAUUCAUGGUUUUGCAGACGCGUCCACCAAAGCAUACGCAGCAGUAGUAUAUUUACGUGUUUUGAAUGACAAUGAGAAGCCUAUAAUCACGAUUAUGUUUUCCAAAACUAAAGUAGCUCCACUAAAACAAAUAACAGUUCCUACUCUUGAGCUCUGUGCCGUUGCGUUGCUGGCGAAGUUGAUAACUAAAAUAAAAACUGAUUUGAGAACACAAAAUUCGAAUAUUUAUGGGUGGACGGAUUCCACCGUUGUUCUUGCUUGGUUGAGCAAACAUCCCUCCUCAUGGCGGACUUUUGUAGCUAAUCGGGUCUCCCAAGUACACACUCUUGUACCUGAAAUUAAAUGGCGUUACGUAAAUACUAAAGACAAUCCCGCAGACUGUGCCUCCCGGGGUUUAACACCAUCUGAAUUAGUUAAUCACGCAAUAUGGUGGCAUGGUCCUAAAUGGCUACAAGAACCUGAUCAUACGUGGCCUACGAUUGUCCCUCUUUCGACUACUCCUGGUGAAACUCGGGAAAAUACGGCCGAAUUAUUAAAUGUAAUUAGUUCGCAAAAUAAUUUCUUGUUAGAACAUUUGAUCACAGAUAAGUCCAGUUGGCCGAAAAUUUUAAGAAUCACCGCUUAUUGUUUUAAGUUUAUUUCUUUGUGCCGAAAAAAGGGUAGAGUCUCUUUAGAAGAAAAUCAAUAUUCCAUUUGUAUUAAUCAAGCAAGGAAAUUUUGGUGUAAAAAACUUCAAGGUCAAUACUUUUCAGAAGAGAUUAAAAUUUUAAGUGAGAAUCAUUCUAAAGAAGUGUCAAUUAGUCGGUCAAGUCCACUUAAAUCAUUAAACCCAUUUUUAGACAGUGAUGGACUUUUAAGAAUUACUGGUCGAUUAAGCAAUUGCGCCUAUCUCUUGGAAUGCCAAACAUCCAAUUAUAUUGCCAAAGGAUCGAAUUAG